CUGUUCGUUAGAUUUGAAUUCAGAAAUCAUUCCGCAAUCGGAAGAGCUACCAGUUGGUUGUUCAAGAUGUUCCAAGCGGACCGUCGAGAUGUGGCUUGUCUGCCGAUCAAUUUGGCUCCACCGAAGGAGCAGGCUCCAUCCCGUUUGGUUCGGGUUCCUGAUCCUGAUCGCCAGGAUAUGCAGUUCCCGGAUAUUUGGCUGCGUGAUAAUUGUCGCUGCGAGGAGUGUUACUUGCCACAAACUUUGAGUAGGUUGCCCCAGCUGUGGAACAAUCUGGACACCAAUGUGAGGGUUCUUCGACAGAGCGUGGACGUGGAUCAGGAGGUCUUUUUUAUAGAGUGGUCCGAUGGACAUGCCUCACAGUAUCCAUUCAGUUGGCUGAGGGAGAGGGACUUCUCGCCUGAAAAUCGAGAACGGUAUUUAAGUGAUUCGUAUCGUCCGGAAAAGAAGUUAUGGAGUGGUCGCGAUUUUGAGAGAAUCCGUAAAGUUUUUUACUACGAAGAACUUAUUACCUGUGACUCAAAGUUGCAAGAAUGGCUUCACAACUUGGCUGUUUAUGGAGUAGCUCUGAUUAAAGAAGCUCCCAUUGAAAUGGAUGUCCUGCGGAAAUUGUCCAACCGAAUCGGCUUCAUGAGACGCACCACUUAUGGAGAUGAAUUCAGUGUUCGAGCUCAGCCAGGAGCCAGUAAUUAUGCCUAUUUGGCAGCACCUCUUCCCCUCCACACGGACAUGCCGUAUUUCGAGUAUUUGCCAGGAGUCACCAUGCUGCACACUCUGGAGCAGUCGGAGUCUCCGGGUGGAGUCAACCUGCUCACCGACGCCUUCUUUGUAGCAGAGCUGAUGAGGGAACGGUAUCCGGAGCAGUUCAGAGUUCUCUGCCAAACGCCAGUGGAUUGGGCGGACAUUGGAAGCGAUGGCGAUCUGAAGUUCCACAACAUCUGGAGGGCACCAGUGAUCAACUUGGACGCGGAGGGGCGGUGUGUGCGCAUCAACCACAGCAUUCCGCAGCGCGAUAGCCACUUCAGCGUGCCGCUGGAGCAGGUGCGUCCGUGGUACGAGGCGAUGGCCAGGUUCGUGGGAAUGGCCCAGGAGCACUCGUGCGGAUUCAAGACCACGCCCGGCGACGUGCUCACGUUCGACAAUCUGCGCUUGGUGCACGGGAGGACCGGUUACGACGACACGGACCGCAAUGUGCGCCACAUCCUGGGAGCCUUCGUCGACUGGGACAUCGUCUACUCGCGACUGAGGGUCCUGCGGCAUGCCGCCUCGCCUGGCGGCCCCUAGAUGGCUGCCUGCCACAUGUGCUCUGAUUGCGACACUAAUUAGCCAUCUAUCAAUGCCUGGCAUUUCGACUGACACCGCAGAGCAGUCAUAUACGUACACACCUAAUCGAAUUAUUAAUUUACUUUCGCAUUUAUUGUGCAAUUGCAACUCAUCAGUUUAUUGACAGUUUAAAUAAAUACUACUCUAAUUGA